CGAAUUUUUAUAAUCCUAAAUUAUUUAAAUUAUAAAUUCAAUCGCGAAGCAUUGAGUACUUUUUACUAUCACUUGAAAUAUGUCGGAGUUACAUGAGGAAUACUAUUGUCGAAAAUUCAAGAAUGGUUUGAUCUUGAUAAUUUUUAUAAUUUUUUUGGAUGCUAGUUCUGCAAAAAAUGUAAAUGCUUUAGAUGAUUCUGUACUCACUAAUCGAGUAUCAAAUGAUCAAUACACAUCUUCUGAAUACGCAAUAGAACGUUUACAAACCGCUGCAAAGAUUCUUAAAAAUCAAAAUCUAAAUGUUAAACCAUGUGACAAUUUUUAUGAAUUUGCGUGUGGUAAUUAUGAUAAUAAGUAUAAAAGACACUUCAAAUCAAUAAAUCGAUUUAAGAAUCCAUCGAAAAAUACACUUUCGUCCAUAAAUCGUCAGAUAAAUAAUUUAAUAAUGCACUCGAAUACAUUCAAUAAUAAAUCAAAAUCUGCUGAGUUAAUUGGAAAUUUAUACAAUAGUUGUAUUAAUACAACUAAAAUUGAAAAUCAAGGAUUGGAACCUUUAAAGAAAAUUUUAAAGCGUCUUGAUAAUUGGCCUGUUCUUAUCAGUGAAAAGUCGGAUUAUUCUAAUUUUGAUUGGAUAAAACUAACGAUUAAAUCUAGGAAAAUAGGUUUUGACGGAAGUAAUUUAAUAAAUUUGAGUAUUCAACCUCAAUAUAUGAAUAAAACUCAAGUGGAAAUAUCUAUGUUGAGGCCUUUUUUUGAAUUUACGAAUGAGAUAUUUUCCCAAAGACUUUCUCAUAAAAAUAUCCAAGCUUAUCAUGAAUAUAUGGUCAAUAUUGCUGUUUUACUGGGAGCAAAUCGAACAAAAGCUGAACGUGAUCUUAUCAAAGUUGUCAUAUUUGAAGGGACACUUUCUAGAAUAUCAUCUGAUGAAGACUAUCACUUCUUGAACAUAACGACUAUUAAUGAUUUAGUAAAAAACUGGCCUACAAUAAAUUGGAACAAAUUUAUCAGCGGAACUUUACAAUUAUACGGAUUAUCUACUAAAAAUUUAACUUAUUACGUUUAUGAUCCAACUUAUAUAUCAAAGCUUGAAAAAGUACUAUCUCGUACGCCCAAAGAAGUUGUUGCUAACUAUCUAAUAUGGAAAAUAGUUCAAUUUUCUGCGCCUCAUCUGAAUGAAAAAAUGAAAGAACAACAUGAUAAGUACAAGAGUAAAAUAAAUGAGCAUUUCAAAACUUUAUCAAGACCGAAAGCGUGUGUAAAAAUAGUAAAAAGAACUUUGAAGUUAGGUGUUAAUUACUUGUAUGUUAAAAAUUAUUUUGAUGAUAAUAUUAAAGACAAUAUUAUUGAAAUGGUGAACAACAUAAAGGAUUAUUUGAUAAAUACAUUAAAGGAUGUUGAUUGGAUCGACGAUGUUACUAAAAAGCAUGCUAUUGAAAAGGCUAAUAAUAUAAAAAGUUUGAUUGGUUAUCCAGAUAAAAUUCUCAAUGAUGAAAAAUUGGACGAUUUUUAUGAAAAUCUUUAUAUUGAUAUUGACGAUAAUUAUUUGGAAAAUAUUUUAAAUUUGAAACUAUUUGAGAGGAAGCAAUGGUAUAAUAGACUAUUAAGUGAACUAGAUAUGUUGGAAUAUUGGACGAAAUUUUAUUCGCCAAUGUUUGUUAAUGCGUAUUAUUUACCUCGUCUUAAUCAAAUUGCUAUACCAACUGGAAUAUUACAAAAUGAAUUCUACAACAAUAAUCGCCCUAAUUAUAUGAAUUAUGGUAAAAUUGGUUCGAUAAUUGGUCAUGAAAUAAUUCACGGUUUCGAUAAUAGCGGAAGAAAAUUUGAUAAAGAUGGCAAAGCUUCUGAUUGGUGGUCUAUUUACACCAAUAAUACGUACAACAAAAAAGUAGCUUGUUUUAUUGAACAGUACAAUAAUUAUACUGAUGUCCAAACUAAAUUAAAAGUUAAUGGCACCAUUACUCUCAAUGAAAAUAUUGCUGACAUUAUUGGUACAAGAAUAUCCUAUUUAGCAUACAAAAAUUGGGUCUCUAAAAAUGGAGAAGAAAAAAGCUUACCUGAAUUGCCAUAUACGUCUGAUCAAUUAUUUUGGAUAUCUUUUGCGGAUUUCUGGUGUCCAAGUAACGAAAAAAAUAAAAGUUCGCGCAGGAAUAGAAACGAUAAUCAUGCACCGGGGGAUGUUCGUUUAAUUGGAACACUUUCAAAUAUCCCAGAGUUUUCUGCAGACUUUGGAUGCCCUACUGGUUCAAAUAUGAAUCCUAUUAAAAAGUGUACUCUUUGGUAAUAUUACGAAAGAAUUAUAUUAUGAAAUUUGCGCAUAUACAGUUGAGUGACAGUGGGAGAACACUUUCCCUGCUGUCAGAGGAGAAAUGAAGGGAUGUCAAAGUUACAGAACGAAAAAGUUAUAGAGACUCUACUGUAGAAAGAUAAAUAUAGGAAUAUAAUUUUUAAAUUGUAGCUUUUAUUUUACUCCUUUUACGAUGUUAAUAUUGUAAUUUUUUAAAUAAUGUUUAAUCCAAAAAGUCUUUGUGUAAAUUACGAGGUUAAAUAGUAAAAAAAAAUGUAACCUGCAUAGUAAAUUUUAUAAAUAAAACAUUUGAAAAUUGAUGCUAAUAAAAGUAUAGUCUACGAUUAUGAUGUUAAUCGUAACAUCGUAAAUUUUAAUAGAAUUUUCUUUCCAUGUUCUUCUUUUGGUGAAUUGUUUAAACUUCAAUUUUUAAUGUUUGUUUCCUCAGUCGAAACAAAGUAAUUUGAGGUUAGUUCCGUGACAAACAAAUUAACGAGACGAAAAAAUCGCUUUUUUUUUUCAUUAAUAAAUUUAAC